AUGUCUGAUUCUGACAGAAACAUCUUUGCGACAAAGUUCCGACAGGCGAAAAGUGACCUUGAUGGCAUGAUAGAGAAAUUACAUGUUCAGAACAACAAAGAUCGGAAGGUUGUUGGACGCCUGAGGCUCAGACUUCCCAGAUUGGAGAUAGCCAAGACUCGAGCAACGGCGAAUGACGAUCUUAGAUCACGUCAUAAAAUUGAUAGAGAACUUGAAGAAAUUCCAGUUCGGCAUAAUGAAAUUACUGCUGAGAUGGAUAGUAUGGUGGAAGAUAUAAACAAAAUAUUCACUUUAAUCUUGGCCAUGACGUUUUACAGAUUAGCGCUUCAACGUAACACUCGCCAAUAUUAUCGCUUUCGAGAUGAAGAUGAAAAACAUGGCCAGUCAGUGAUAUUACUUGGGAAAUUUUCAGAAGAUAGUCCCAAAAAAGCUGUGGAGGUUGCGAGACUUGUAUUUGGCGUGAGCUACAAGAAUGCUGUUCGAGUCAAUCUUCUUGAUGACCGGUGUCAAGCUUCUGUGAAUUGGGACUAUACUCUUUUGUGUGAGUUUACCGAGCGAUGGUUUAGUGUCAUGUGUGGCUCUGUAAACGAACCUCUUGAUAAGUCGGAUCUUGAAAUUCUUGGUAAGAGAUUUUGGAACACAAUGAUCUCUAUAAAUGGCAAGGAAGAGUGGAUGGCACAUGAAAGAUUUAAAGCAGAGAAAUUCUGGGCAUGGUUAGCUGCAAGGACUAAAAAACUCAAUCUCCGUAACGAGAUGUCUAACGUACAAGAAGCUCGAUUCCAAAGCUAUUCCCAUCUUCUGGAUCAAUGGCUCAAUGGUAAGAUACGUCGCCCUUAUCAGGAUGAUACAAGUUUUGAUCAUGAUCGUGAUCGCAAGAUAUAUCAUAAAUUACAAUCCUCUGACAUACAGGAAAAAGAAUGGGGGUUCAGUAAAAGCGAAUCUAAACUCUCACGCCUAGUCAAAGAAUUGCUUCGCGACGGACGUUCAAACCUUGAGAUAAAGCGGGGGGAUAUGCUUAUUAAAGCGAGAGGUGCUAUGAGUGAAGCGGUAUGUUUUGCUAAUGCCGGUGAGGGCUACAGUGAUUCCCUCAAACUUGCCGAUAAAAUGCUACAACUGAAUGGCACUUCACGUGAAGCAUGGUUGGGGAAGCUUUUGUUUGAAUUAUCUGCUUUAGCGCUUCUUGAUACAUCCCGCCACUACUUGCAUCCUACAGCGUCCGAGUUGAAAAAGGGCGAACGACAGGCCCCAGAAGCUCUUGAUGAAUUAGAUAAACAGCGCAAAGAAUUUCUAGCAACAAUUUCACAUCAACCUGCUAAAUCGCGGAGUAAUUGGCGGUAUAAUCUAUACGUGCGUAUAGACGACCAUCUUAAGAACGCAACCGGUAAAGACAGAGAGCGUCGAGUGUUGAAAAAUCAAUUGCAAAAAGCGAAAUCUGACUAUGGGACCCUUGAAGAUUGUUUGAAAUUGUGCAAUAAACUAUUGCCGCGUUCACAUACAGGUCGUGAGAGGUCACCCAAAAUCUCACAAACGCAUUCUCCUCGAGGGCGAAGCAAUGAAACACGAGAUUCAGUAUCAGACACAGCGCGGCGGUCUUCAAGGAAGCCAGCUUCAUCAAAGCCAGUACCUACCCCCAAAUGA